GUCGCAACUGCAGGGCAGCAGCCAUGAGCCUGGUGGCCUGCGAGUGCCCGCCUGGCCCGGGACAGGAGCUGGAGCCCUGCUCACGAGCACAGUCCCAGGCCCGCGUGUACCUGGAGCAGAUUCGCAACCGGGUGGCUCCGGGAGCACCUGAUGUGACCAAGCACGACUACCUGGUGGAUGCAGCCACACAGAUCCGGCUGGCCCUGGAACGGGAUGUCAGCGAGGACUACGAGGCAGCCUUCAACCACUACCAGAAUGGCGUGGACGUUCUGCUACGAGGCAUGCACGUUGACCCCAACAAGGAGCGACGUGAGGCUGUAAAGCUGAAAAUUACCAAGUACCUGCGGCGGGCAGAGGAGAUCUUCAACUGCCACCUGCAGAGGACCCUGGGCAGCGGAGCCAGCCCUGGCGCGGGUUUCAGCAGCCUGAGGCUCCGGCCCAUCCGCACUCUGAGCUCUGCCCUGGAGCAGCUGAGGGGCUGCAGGGUGAUCGGGGUCAUCGAGAAGGUGCAGCUGGUCCAGGACCCAGCGACCGGAGGGACCUUCGUAGUGAAGAGCCUGUCCCGGUGUCACCUGGCAAGCCGGGAGCGGCUGACCAUCAUCCCACACGGCGUCCCCUACAUGACCAAGCUGCUGCGGUACUUCGUGAGCGAGGACUCCAUCUUCCUGCACCUGGAGCAUGUGCAAGGAGGCACGCUCUGGUCCCACCUGCUCUCCCAGGCACGCCCCCACAAGCCUGGGCUCAGGUCCGACUCCGGCCUGGAGAGGAUGAAGGCUCAGCUCAACCCCCACCUCGGCCUCCGGACCCCAACGUUGCUGCCCCCGGGCCACAGCCGUCUGCAGGACGGAGUCCCCCUGGGGCCUCCCUGGACUUGUGAGAGCCUUCCCCCAGGCAGGGAGGCCCCAUCCAUCACAGCCCGGAGAGGGGCUGAAGGGGAACCCUCAGCCAGGACUAGCACCUCCUGCUCCUUGGACCUUCUGAAGGCCCCCAGCGGCCGCCUGCACUCCCAGUCCCGGCGAGGACCUGGCCAGAACUCAGACAUGGGGUCCCCUUGGGGGCUCCCUUGGGUUCGUGAGGGGGCUGGCCGGGUGCUGGGGGGCUGUGGCCGCGGGAGAGGCCAGAGUCGCCCCUCAGUGGACAAGGCCAGCCUGGGGCCCGGCAGGGGCGCCUGGAGUGUGAGGGAAGAGCAGGUCAAGCAGUGGGCGGCUGAGAUGCUGGUGGCACUGGAGGCGCUGCACGAGCAGGGGGUGCUGUGCCGGGACCUCAAUCCCCGGAACCUGCUCCUGGACCAGGCAGGUCACAUCCGGCUCACGUACUUUGGCCAGUGGUCUGAGGUGGAGCCCCAGUGCUGCAGGGAGGCUUUGGACAACCUCUACAGUGCCCCAGGCAAGGAGGGCGGGCCGGCCAGGGCCCUAGGCCUCGGGGCCUCUGUGUGGGAGGUGGGUGGGAUUUCGGAGCUAACUGACGCCUGUGACUGGUGGAGCUUCGGGUCCCUGCUGUAUGAAUUGUUGACUGGAACGGCCCUGUCCCAGAGCCACCCCUCAGGAAUCCAGCCCCACACCCAGCUCCAGCUGCCGGAGUGGCUCAGUCGCGCAGCAGCCUCCCUGCUGACUGAGCUGCUGCAGUUUGAUCCCAGCCGGCGCCUGGGCACUGGGGGCAGCGGCGUCAACAGACUCAAGUCCCACCCCUUUUUCAGUACCAUCCAGUGGAGCAAACUGGUGGGGUAAGAGGGAGCGGAGCGGGCGACGGAGGCGGCCGGACUGGUCUGGAUCCCCUCUCUUCGCCUGCCACCCAGAGCUGGCCCCUCUAACCAGCAGCCCUCGGCAAAGCCUGCAGGCCCGCUGCCUUUCCUGCUCUGCCCCCUCCCUUGGGCCUCCUAAGUAGUCAUUGCCACGGCCCAGGAGGGGCCUGGGGCCUCCCAGCCAGCUCUUGGAGAAACCCCUUCUAGCCAUUGCUGAGGGGGAGGGACAGGACAGAUCUCUCACCCUGCUGGGCAGCAUGGACCCCUCCACCCAUCCACCCUCCGGCCCUCAGUCAACAGCAACCUGUUGGGUGCACACUCUGAACCUCGAAUGCAGACCUACCCCCGUUAAAGGGUGGUGCCUUCUGUCACAUUAGCUCUGGACCACUGACCACCUGCUGAGCCGACCUCAAGGUUUUGCGAAUCGCUACCGGCCACGUUGUGCCCCACUGGGACAUCUCUGGAGACGAACCUCAGGGUACUGGUCCACUGGCUUCGUGGACUCAAACCAGGGCUGCCCUGGCUGGUAUCUCAGCCGUGUAACUGCUGGGCCUCUUCUCCCAGAGGCCCCUCCUGCAGGGGUGGGGCGGCGGGGAA